UACUGAUUUUAGGAUUUGAAUUGUUUUUUGUUUUGUUUUUUUUGUUCCUGAACGAAACCUUAAUAAUUUCGUCUUACUUAAAUUAUGAUACAAAAUAUUUUAUAGUUUUAAAGAGAAUCAAUCUCUCUCUCUCUCUCUCUCUCUCUCUCUCUCUCUCUCUCUCUCUCUCUCUCUCUCUCUCUCUCUCUCUCUCUCAUAUUUAACAUUGAUCUUAGCAAAAUAUAGUUUUUAGAUUCGCGCUUCGGAAUUAUUUAACAGUACCAGGUUGUGGGAACAUUUAAAAACAAUGCAUUCCAAUGAACUGAUUUUCUCCUUACUUGCCGUUAUGUGUCUGGUCGGAAUGCCCAGCGCUCACGGAGCUGCAUGUGAAUCGAUCAGAAUCCCGAUGUGCAGGUCGAUGCCUUGGAACAUGACAAAAAUGCCGAACCAUCUACACCAUAGCACCCAGGCUAAUGCUAUCCUCGCAAUUGAGCAGUUCGAGGGCUUGCUGGGGAUAAAAUGCAGCCCGGAUCUGCUUUUCUUUCUAUGCGCUAUGUAUGCACCGAUCUGCACCAUAGAUUUCCAGCAUGAUCCAAUUAAACCGUGCAAGUCGGUCUGCGAAAGGGCCAAAAGUGGCUGCGAACCUGUCAUGAAGCGAUACAAUCACACAUGGCCGGAGAGUCUCGCCUGCGAGGAUCUACCCGUUUAUGAUCGAGGGGUAUGCAUCUCACCGGAGGCAAUAGUCACGGCAGAGGCACCAGAAUCAAUGCCAGAUUUCCCAAUGGACUCUCACAAUGGUAACUGCAGAGGCACUAACACGGAACGCUGCAAGUGUAAACCAAUUAAACCCAAUCAAAAGACGUACAUACGGAACAAUUACAAUUAUGUCAUUCGAGCAAAAGUGAAGGAAGUGAGAAGCAGAUGCCAUGAUGUGAGUGCAGUAGUUGAGGUGAAGGAGAUCCUCAAGUCCUCCCUUGUGAAUAUUCCCCGAGACAUAGUGACACUCUACUCCAGCUCAGGCUGCUUGUGCCCGCCACUAAAUGCCAAUGAGGAGUACAUCAUCAUGGGCUAUGAGAGUGAGGAACAAUCCAGGUUACUCUUGGUUGAAGGUUCUAUUGCUGAGAAGUGGAAGGACCGCCUUGGUAAAAAAGUGAAGCGCUGGGAUCAGAAGCUUCGCAACCCGGGAAGGGGAAAGAGUGAAUCAGCCUCUGGCAAAACCAACACAAAACAAAGUCGUCACUAAAUGCAACAAUUUAUGCAGAAUCAAAUGGACGAAACAUUGAGAAUGGCAUUCUUGAAACAGCAAAGAAGAAAUUGCACUAUUGAGCGUUUAUGUUCUAAUGUUGACUAUGAAGUUUAGUUGAUUUUAGUUGUUCGGUUUUUUUUUGUUUUUUUUAUUCUUUUGCACGAAAAAUAGAUUAUUUUACUGCACUGUCUACAAACCAUGGAAACUGGCUUUGCAGGAAAGUAAGUGAAAUUUAUCAUUAAACAAAUAUCUGACGUCUCCUUACAAUGAUACCAUGAAGAACAAUGUUGGAUAUUUAUUGAAUGGGCAAAUAUGAACAGAAUUGGAACUGUGGCUAGAGGAGAAUUAACCAGGUACACAAUAGCUCAGCAGUGUCUGUGCUCAUUCAGCCUUACAGUGCAAUAGUUAACUAAGUGGAAUUUUAGCUUAAGAGAUUUAGUAAGCAGAGUAACACACUUGUAAGCAAACACUGUGAAACAAAAGGACAGUUUUUUGACAAGGUUUGAUGAUAGAAGACUGGGUAUAAUGACUUUGAGGAUAAAAACCACCAUUCUUUAUUAUUAUGUUACCUUUGAUUCCUUUAUUAUUGUAGUCAAUUGUACAGACCUGUUGUUAUCCAGUUAACGCUGCCUUCUUUUUCUGUUCAACAUGCUUGUAUUAAACACCUUGGAGUUAAUUAAAGCAUAUAACGCAUAACGAUGUUCAUGAAUAAUUCAAAUGUAUUUCCAAUUUCUGUGUUAAUAAUCAGUUGCAAAAAUAACCGCCUUUCAUGAUGUUUUCGGUUUUUGAUCCCUUGUUCAAUUUGGUUUGUAAACUUAACAGCCUUGAUUUCUAGAAAAAUCCUGCACUUUGUUAUUUGAAAUAUAUAUUGAAUGUUAUUGACUAUAUUUUAUUUUGACUAGAAAACCUUUUCAUAGAUUGCAAAACAUGCUUAAUAAAAUGAAAAUGACAUACAUAGAGAUCUAACCUUUUAAUUUCACAGGGGUUAGAAAGAAGUUGCAGUUAACAGUUCAUGUAGUAAAAUGUCUAUACAUUUGUUACCAGCAGUACACUUAACAUAGCAUGACAAGGGUAUCGAACAUAUAAGUUUACACAUUGCAGUUAUAAUGGUUCUAAUGUUGUAGCAUCAUUAUGCAUGAAGAACAAUUGCAACAUGUCAUUAGAAAAUAUAUUCAUUAUUUUCUGGGUUUGGCUUCGUAGUGCUGCUUGUGUAUACAAUAAUGUUUUGUUUCUUUGUUUUUUUUUUUUGCAGCAAACAGUAUCAAAAAUGUUGUACCAAGUGCAUAUUUAAAUGUUGUCAAGCAAGUAAUGCUAAUCAGGCAAUGGGCUAUAAAAUAAAAGCCUUCGGUUUGCAAA